AUUGAAUUCUCACAUUAACAAAAGUUUUCCACUAAACGCAAAUCAAAGAAUUGAAGAAAGAAAAAGACUAAAGAACUAAAAACACAUAAGAAGCCAAAUAAAUACUAAGUGCAUGUGAUCAAUCGGUCACGCUUCCACCGCACGAGCGCAUACAUAAACAUAAAUAAAAGUCUCUCUCUCUCUUACUUCACUCACAGUUUCGCCGCCGGGAUAAAUCCGUUCAAUCAGCGUUUGCCACCUGCCAUUGUUCCAAGCAAUGCAUUAUAUCGUUAGUGGCGUAGAGCAUUGACGAAGGAGAGGGAGAGAGAGAGAAGGGAAACAAUGAUUUCCCAGGUGGAGAGAGAUCUGUCGAUUCAAAAUCGGCUUCCGGGAAGCGAUCACACUACCCCUUCUCCGCCGACGUCUCCUCAUCUCUGCCGUAGCCGGUCUAAAUCCUCCGCUUCCGUACAACAGCAAAGUCGGACCGUCGCUCACCGUCUCUCAUGGAUCCUUUUAUCGGUUCUUCUCCGGCGUCAGGGAAUUCUCUUAUUCGCUCCUCUCAUCUACGUCUCCUGUAUGCUUUUUCACCUACACGCGGCGUCGUUUGAUGCCUCUCCCAUUAUCCACCGCCGUCCUGCUCCGGGAUCUGUCUAUAGGAGCCCUCAGGUUUACGCUAGGCUUCGCGGCGAGAUUGAGGCCGAUAAUACCACGGCUGAUGCGAUAUCAACAAUUUGGAAGCGUUCCUAUAAAGGUGUAGAAUGGAAGCCAUGUGUGAACAAAUCUACUGGAGUUUUACCUGAGUCUAAUGGUUUCAUAUUCAUUGAGGCAAAUGGAGGCUUGAAUCAGCAACGGACUUCGAUAUGCAAUGCGGUUGCUGUGGCAGGCUACCUUAAUGCGACCCUUGUAAUUCCCAACUUUCACUAUCACAGCAUAUGGAAAGAUCCGAGCAAAUUUGGGGACAUCUAUGAUGAGGAAUACUUUGUUGAUACCUUAGCAAAUGAUGUGCGGGUGGUCGAUACAGUUCCUGAAUACUUAAUGGAGCGUUUUGACUAUAACUUGACAAAUGUCUACAACUUCAGAGUUAAAGCAUGGGCACCCACCUCCUAUUACCGGGACUCAGUCCUGCCAAAGCUGCUUGAAGAAAAGGUUAUAAGAAUUUCCCCAUUUGCAAAUAGACUUUCGUUUGAUGCUCCUCGAGCUGUCCAGAGAUUUAGAUGUUUGGCGAAUAAUGUAGCCUUGCGAUUUUCAAAACCCAUACUGACCCAAGGUGAAACAUUGGUGAACAAAAUGAAGGAGCUUAGUGCAAACAACGCCGGGAAAUAUGUUUCCGUGCAUCUUCGUUUUGAAGAGGAUAUGGUCGCGUUCUCUUGUUGUGUAUUUGAUGGUGGAGACCAAGAAAAACAAGACAUGAUUGCUGCGAGAGAACGAGGAUGGAAAGGGAAGUUCACAAAACCGGGCCGUGUGAUACGACCAGGAGCUAACAGGCUCAAUGGGAAAUGCCCUUUAACUCCUUUAGAGGUUGGUUUGAUGCUUAGAGGAAUGGGCUUCAACAAAAGUACAUAUAUAUACCUUGCCGCUGGCCCGAUAUAUAGCGCAAAUAGAACUAUGGCUCCACUACUCGAGAUGUUCCCUAAUCUACAGACGAAGGAGAUGCUUGCUUCUGAGGAAGAACUGGCUCCUUUUAAGAACUUCUCCUCGAGAAUGGCUGCAGUAGAUUACACGGUGUGUCUCCACAGUGAGGUAUUUGUGACAACACAAGGUGGAAACUUCCCUCAUUUCCUCAUGGGGCAUAGGAGGUAUUUGUUUGGAGGACAUUCAAAGACGAUUCGGCCAGACAAGCGAAAGUUAGCCGUACUCUUUGACAAUCCCAAGUUGGGAUGGAAAAGUUUUAAACGGCAAAUGCUAAGCAUGAGGUCCCAUAGUGACUCCAAGGGGUUUGAGCUGAAACGAUCAAGUGACUCCAUUUACAUAUUCCCUUGCCCUGACUGCAUGUGCCGGAAGAACAAAACAACAGCAUCAGCCACCUGACACAUUCUUUUACUGGAUAUCUUCUGAUGCAUUCUUUUAUUUACAUGUGUUGCUAAUUCUUUCAAUUCUUUGGCCACAUCCGCAUCCAAACAGAGCGAGAGUGAGAGAGAGAGAGAGAGACAGAGAAGACUUCCCAAGAAUUCUUCUUGGGGGAGAUUUUUUGACAUAUUGAAGCUGAUGUAUCUAACACGAGAAACUGAGACUAGCUCCCACGGAGAUUCAACGUUUGUUUCUGGGCGAAGAGGAUAUCAUUUGGAUUGUUCAUUUGUGUUUUUUGCAGUUUGAAAAGUUGGAGUUUUGUAUAUUUGGUGUCUAGUGUUGGGUUUGCCCAGAAAUAAAUGUAGAUCAUAGGGGAGAAGAGAGCUGCCAGAAAAGUUUUGUACAUUGAUUGGUUCCUUUUGGUUUAAUCUUGUUUACAUUCUAUUUAAAUAUUUUUUCUUAUGGUU